AUGCCAGAGUUACCAUGGAGAACUGUCCACAUAGAUUUUUAUGGUCCACUACCAUCGUCUGAAUAUCUGUUAGUGGCGGUAGAUAGAUACUCCAGAUUCCCAGAGGUUGAGAUCGUUCAUUCAACACGAGCCUCAACAGUCAUUCCAAAACUUGACAAAAUGUUCUCAGUCCAUGGCAUUCCUGACACCAUUAUAUUUGACAAUGGUUCCCCUUUUAACGGAGACGAAUAUGCACGAUAUCUGAAAGCCCUUGGUAUUCAAGCUAAGUUUUCAACACCCUACUGGCCCCAAGGUAAUGCUACAGUUGAACGAUUUAUGCGACCGUUAGGAAAAGCGCUCAAGACAGCGACACUCGAAGGACGACCAUGGAAACAAGAAUUGAACCGUUUUCUUUUACAAUAUCGUACCACUCCACAUUGCACUACAGGAGUACCUCCAUCAGAACUGUUGUUUAAAUUAACCGAGUGA